UCUGACGGGACGGCUUGGUUUAUCACAUGUUGUCUACCAUUGUCGUUCCUCACCUAGCACACGUUCUGAAGAUAUGGCCAGUGAAGAAAGCACAAACAACGACACUACGGCGGUCAUUGAUGAACAGAAAGAUGAGAAGACAGAAGAUAACGAAGCUACGACUGCGGAACCCAAAGAAGACAACAAUGACACCCAAACCACCGAAAAAGACGGUAACGAAGACGAUAAAGAAGUGAAGUUGUAUGUUGGAAAUCUUCCAGACCGAUGCAGAAGAGCCUCUCUACAGGAACUGUUUGAAAAAUACGGAAAGGUUUCACAAUGCGAUAUAGUAAAGAAUUUUGCAUUUGUGCACAUGGUCGGUGAAAAAGGUGCAAAAGAGGCUGUUGAUAAAUUAGAUGAUUCAGAAUUUUCAGGAACUCACAUACAAGUGCAAUAUGCAAAAAGUAAAGGGAAGCCAUCUGAGGAUGAGUGCUUUCAGUGUGGUAAACAUGGACAUUGGGCGAGAGAUUGUCCAAAGAGGCGAAGGUAUGAUGAUCGUCGGGACAGAUACGACUAUCGUGGAUACGAUUAUGGGCCUCCCAGAAGAGGACCUUAUGACCGUCCCCCACCGCGAUAUUAUGACCCCUAUAUGGAUCGACGCCCUCCCCCCAGUAGAGAUUAUUAUGGUGGUUACAAUAAUUAUUAUAGAGGCCGCAGCCCUCAAAGGUCCCCUCCAAGAUAUACUGGAGCUUAUGAAGGUUACCCAACACCUCGCGAUGGGUAUGGAACUCGCAGGUACAAAUGCUGUUUUUAUUUAACUUUUCUAUGUUGAUUCUCUUGCGGCAAGCUUUACCUGCAAAGGAUCGAUGAGGGAAAUUUGUAGAAGAAUCUGGCUUGACAUGUAUUGUUUUUUGGUGCAAAUGUUUUGGCUAAAUCGCUCUAGCUUCAUUAGUCUGUUGGAUUGUGAGUGGCUACGCAACAUUAAAAUAUGUAACCACCGGCUCAGAAAAGCCCUCUAAUGGGGAGAGUCCAAAUGUACUUUUUGAAAUAUCUUCCAGUCAGAUUCUUAUAUGCAUUAAGGCUUCAGGACAUGGAAGAACCAUUUUUCCUUCUAAAGAAAGAGUUUCUCUGACUUUGUUUGAAACUGCAUGUGCAGUAAAGCAAUAGAGACCUGCCAGUAAUAGUCACAAAUUUUGCUUGUGAUCCUCAAUAUUUGUUGAAAUUGUUACCUGCUAGCAUUUGGUUUUUCUGGCCACUACUACUCGUACAUUUAAGUUCUUUGGAAUUCUGCUUGUUAGUAAAUGGACAUUUAUUUGUGAACUCAGCCAGGAGUUUUGUCAACCAUAGGCAAGGGGCAUCAAUAUCGGCAUUUUGUUUUCGUCACUGAGGUUUUUGUCUGCACGUACAAAGGUCCAUCCAAUUUUUUUUUAUAUUUGACUUUAUUUGAAAGAAUUUGCCACAAAGAAGUGUUGACAUUUUAAUUGUCCUUUACUCAAGUUUGUCAGGACUGGAAAAAAGUUACUAUGUCACCGAAUUUCGACCAGUUUAAUUGGGGAAUCUUUUCUUGUUCACAUGCCUACAAAGCUAUCAUGGCUAUGAGUUUAGCAGAUUCUAUGCUCCGUUUGCAGAUUUUCCAUAGGUUUCUUUUCUUUCUCAGGUAUUAAGUGUCUGGAAUUCCUGAGCGGCUGACGGAGCAAUAAACUUUCGUUGUGCGGUCGGUUUUGCAGAACCUGUAUGUCUUGGAAAACAUCUCGGAGAGGAUCGUGCGGAUUGACUGUUACUUUUUUUAAAAUUCCCUUAUACUGCAAUUUUUUUAAAUAAUUUUCUUAAGAUACUGUAAAUUGCCCGCUGAAAACUGUUAAAGUGUCACUGGUACGAGAUUGGUUUUUCUGGAAUUUCCGUCGUGUUUUAAGGGUUUUUUUUUACGUAAAUCUAUUGUAAUGUUUGGUAAAUACAACCUUUGUUAGUUACAUGUACCAUUUCUUAUUAAGAGACAAUAUUGACGGAAGCAAAUUGUAGAACAACAUUCAAACCUACCUGUAACUAAUAUUAAACUUCAUUGACACGAGAGUAUUCUUUUGUUCUAAAUCUCUAAGAAAUUGGAUGGAGACCUCGUAGAUCAUCGUCUUUGCCGGGUUCCCUAUCUCCUGUUCGUUGUCUCAUAUCUAUAGAAUUAUUCUACAGCAUUUUCCCGUGCUAGAUAUCAGUUGGUUGUGGAAUGUGAGUGAUCAUCGUUUCAGAAUCGCGAGGUUCUUCCCAGCGUUUUCCCGCGGUGGAUAACACUUUUGUGGCACAUGCCGUUAUCAUCGUUUCAGAAAUCGUGAACAUUCUCUGAAGCGUUUUCCAGCGGUGGAUGUUAGUCGGGUGAGGCAUUCCAAUGAUCGUCGUGUCAGAAAUCGGGGGCGUUCUUGGCGGCGAGGCACCGUCAUGUCAUUAUCGGCAGCGAAAUCGUGAGUAAUCGUCUUGUCGCACGGAAUCAAUCUGUUGUGUUUCCCGUGAACCAUAAUUCGCAAUGAAAACAUCCAUCCAAGGUGUUCUCAGGACAAACAGUGACAAAGAUGAUCAAUUUUUCUCAGGAUUCCUCUAACAGAUCUUUUCUUCUUUUGAUAUAGCCCCAGCUUUAUAGUAGUCGUAGUGGUGGUAAUGAAAUUUUUCCUCACUUUCAUUUCAGACAGUCUCUUUGAAGCACGAUUGACAGACUAAGAAAUUCAUUGCCGUCCAGUCAUCUCCCCUAUUGCAAUGUUGGAAUUGAUAUCUAAACAUUGAUACUGGCUUCACUCUCAGAGAUGUGUGAUAGACCAUCACUCCGUCCUUACCAGGAAGAAGAUAUGUGGAAGAAACAUUUUCUCUUAUAGCAUUUUCCCUCUGGUUCUCAAAGUCUUUAAUGGGAAUUUAUUGGUGGACUUUCAGCUACUCUCCACGAGGUGGCAAUGGCGACAAUCAACAAUAAACUCAAACCACAUGUAACUCCAGGGAACGAACCUGGGAAUCGAACCCGGAAGUCGAACCCGGGAAUAGAACGGUGAGAGGCGAGUCCUCUCACCAUUGCGCGAUCCUCGCCCCCAGUCUUUUUUUGCGUUUUAUGUUGGUUUAUUUUCCGCCGAUCUUUAUCCACUAGACUACAAGCAACCCCCACUUUGAAGUAAGUCGAAGUGGACAAAUAAUUUAAUGCCGCCAACAAAAAGAAAACAAAAGUAUGUGAAAAUAGUUCCAGCUCGACUAGUGCUUUUUUCCCCUCGCCCAUGCUUUUGAGAUAAAUGAGAGACGGUAGUCUUUUCGGACCUCACUGAUUCAGUUAAACGGGUACUGUAGAGGCGCAGAGUGAAAAAAAAUUUGGUGUUCUGGGAUGACCACGUACCCAGAUCCUUUUUGAUUGAGAUGUAGCCUUUCUUUGUCUUGGUUAGACUCUUGGUAACACUUGGAAGAAGAUCAGGCUUACGUCAGGGUGUGACCUUUCCCGGAAUGCUCUCCCCUUUUUCACUCUGGGCUGCUAUCGUGCUCAUUUUGGUACGUGCCCCAUUCAGUUACUGAACCCCUGGAACAGGGUAAGCUUUGUAAUCGUUAGUCGAGGAGCGAGUUACAAUCUUCAUUCUCUUUUCUUUUUGUAUCAGUAGUGGUUGGACUAAAUAAAACAAUUGUAGCAAUCCUA